AUGAUGCAAAGAAGCUUGAGAGUUUCUAGUAAUGGUGGAAAAUCUUCAACCAUUCAAAGAAAGUUGGCAUUGCAACAAGAUGUGGAUAGUUUGAAGAAGAAGCUUAAGCAUGAGAAGAACAUUCACAUGGCAUUGGAGAGAGCUUUCAAUAGACCUUUAGGAGUUUUACCUCGUCUUCCUCCUUAUCUUCCUCCCUAUAUACUAGCACUUCUGGCUGAAGUGGCAGUUUUGGAAGAGGAAAUUGUUAGGCUUGAAGAGAAAGUUGUGAAUUUCAGGCAAGAUUUGUAUCAAGAAGCUGUUUACAUGUCAUCUUGUAAGACCAAAGUGGAGAAUUCGUUGCCUCUUCCAAACAAUUCAAGCACAAAAACAACAAUGGACAGUGCUGAAUUAGAUGAAUUGAAGUCCCUUUCACAAACAGUUGAUGAUCCAGAAGAAACGUUUACAACUAGGCCUAUCAUAGAGAAUAUACAAGGAAAAGAGAAUAAAUCCUGCAAUGAUUCUUUUAAGAGAAGGCUUCAACCCUCCAAACAAAUGAGUAUAUCUCCAAUUAAAAAUCUUCAUGUUGACAAUAAGUCAUUGCAUAAAAAAGCGCAUUCUCCGAAAAGGAAGCAAGAACCAAAGGUAAAAGACCGGCAAGUGGCAGAACUAAGACAUCCUAAUCCACACCAAAUGCCAACAGAAGCUGACAGUCCAAAUGUGAUUUCUGAAAAUAUUCUAAAGUGCUUAUCAAGCAUUCUCUUGAGGAUGAGUUCUGUGAAGAAUUUAGGUUUUGCAGGCGACAUAUCAUCACCCUUAUGGACUCGAAAACCUCGAAAUUAUAUGGAAGGAACAGAGUUUUGGGAUCCGUAUGGAAUCUGUCUAGAAUAUGGAAAGAGGGAUAUUGGUCCCUACAAGCAUUUAUGUGCAAUUGAUGCUAAAUCUUUCAAUGCAAAACGAACUGCAAAUACUUUGUUUUUACUGCACCGGUUAAAACUUCUUUUUAGGAAGCUAGCCUCUGUCCACAUGGAGAACCUCAACCAUCAGGAGAAGCUAGCGUUUUGGAUCAACACCUAUAACUCGUGUAUGAUGAAUGCAUUCAUAGAGAAUGGUAUACCGGAGAGUCCUGAAAUGGCUGUUGCAAUGAUGCGGAAGGCAAAAAUAGAUGUUGGCGGACACAUACUACGUGCAACAACCAUAGAGCAUUUCAUUUUAAGACUUCCUUAUCACUACAAAUUCACGUUUUCGAAGGGAGCGAAAAAUCAUGAAAUGAUAGCAAGAAGCAUAUAUGGACUUGAACUGUCAGAACCUCUAGUGACAUUUGCUCUCUCUAGUGGAACUUGGUCUUCUCCUGCUGUGAGAGUUUACACAGCAUCCCAAGUGGAGAAUGAACUGGAAGUAGCCAAAAGAGAGUAUUUACAAGCAACAGUUGGAAUUUCAACAACCAAGUUUGCUAUUCCAAAGCUUUUGGAUUGGUAUUUACAGAAUUUCGCAAAAGACUUAGAAUCUUUGAUGGAUUGGAUCUGCCUUCAGCUACCAAGUGAACUUGGAAAAGAAGCCAUUAAAUUGCUUGAGAAAAGAAAAACUGAACCCCUCUCACAAUUUGUACAAAUCAUGCCUUAUGAGUUCAGCUUUAGGUACUUGCUUUGCACAUAA